CACUCCGAAGUAGGCGUGCGGGCGUUUCAGGUUUGCAGCUGGAAGCAGAGCCAGUGGCUCUGAGAGAGUGGAGGUGCUGAAGCUCUGGUUGCUGCAGCUGCCGCAGGAGCAGCAGGAGCAGCAGCAGCAGCAGCAGCGGUGACCACAGAUACUCUCCCAGCCCUCAAGCAAAUAAAUGAAAACUCGCUUCCACUGUGUGAUAGGAACCAGCUAGAGUCCCAGCUGGCAGCAUCGGCCUCAGCAGUCAUCCCAGGCAAAGGGUUCGCAGGUGGAAUUAGUACACGAGUCUCCUCCCGCCCUCCUCACGAGUUUCCCCAGCAAAGAUUCUCGGAUUACUCUUUCUACGAGCCUAGACGGGUUUUCCCCCCUGGGGCUUCAUUAGCGGGGUAAGGCAGGUGAGUCCGAAGAGGGCAGUGGGGGAUAGUGUCCUUUUGCUGGGAGAAGCCAGGGUGCCUCGGCUCUUGCUCCUGUUGCUGGAAUCACAAUGGAAAGAGGACCCGUCUUGCGUUUGGACUUUCUCCUCCUCAUCCUUUUGGUCCUUUUCCCCUGUGCGAGGGGCGAUGAUUUGCAGACCUGCGAAGAAGUUCGGAAACUUUUCCAGUUGCGGCAUCUGGGACUUGUCAAAGGGCUGCCGGAAACCCCUCGGGCAGGUCCUGAUCUUCAGGUUUGCACAUCCAAAAAUCCUACUUGCUGUACUAAAAAGAUGGAAGAGAGAUAUCAAAUUGCAGCCCGGCAGGAUAUACAGCAGGUCCUUCAGACCUCAAGUUCUACAUUAAAAUUCCUAAUCUCUCGCAAUGCAGCUGCCUUUCAAGAGACCUUUGAAAUCCUCAUCAAACAGGCGGAGAAUUACACAAGUACCUUAUUCUGCAACACUUAUAGGAACAUGGCUUUAGAGGCUGCUGCCUCUGUUCAGGAGCUCUUCACAGAUGUAGGGCUUUUUGUGUUUGGCACCGACAUCAGUCCAGAUGAAUUUGUUAACAGAUUCUUUGACACUCUGUUUCCUUUGGUCUACAAUCAUCUCAUUAACCCUGGUGUGACUGAUAUUUCACUGGAAUACUCAGAAUGCAUUCGAAUGGCAAGGCGGGAUAUUAACCCCUUUGGAAACAUUCCCAAAAUUGUAAUGGGACAGAUGGGGAGAUCGUUGUUACCCAGCCGGACUUUCCUGCAGGCUCUUAAUUUAGGCAUUGAAGUCAUCAAUACCACUGAUCAUCUGCAGUUCUCAAAAGAAUGCAGCAAAGCCCUCCUGAAGAUGCAAUAUUGUCCCCAUUGUCAGGCUCUGACUUUAAGUAAGCCAUGUAUGGGCUACUGCCUUAAUGUUGUAAGAGGUUGUUUGGCUAAUGUGGCAGAAAUUGACCCUCAUUGGCGGGGAUAUAUACGAUCACUGGAAGAACUCUCAGAUACUAUACAUGGGACAUAUGAUAUUGAGCAUGUACUUCUGAACUUCCACUUACUUGUUAAUGAUGCUGUAAUGCAGGCUCACAUCAAUGGAAAAAAAUUAUCUGAACAGGUGAACAAGAUCUGUGGUCCUCCUGUCAGAACGCCCACACAAACCCCUGGUUGUUCUCUUGAUCAAAGCAAAGAUAAGCAAGGAAUGAAGAUCAUGACAAGAGAUGGUGAAGAAACCCUUGCCAGCAGAAGAAAAGAAUUUAUCAACAGCCUGCGUCUAUACAAGACUUUUUAUGGUGGCCUGGCUGAUCAGCUUUGUGUUAAUGAAUUAGCAGCUGCUGAUGGACUGCCCUGCUGGAAUGGAGGAGAUGUGGUCAAAAGCUAUACCCAUCGUGUGGUUGGAAAUGGAAUAAAAGCCCAAUCUGGAAAUCCAGAAGUGAAAGUUAAAGGGACUGAUCCUGUCAUAAACCAAAUUAUUGAUAAACUGAAGCAUGUCAUUCAGUUUGAUGUGUUACUCCCUCUUGAAAUUAAGAAACUGAAUGAAAUAAGUAUGCCUAAAUCAUUACUAAUUAUUUAG